AAGCAUCACUGCCGCACAACGAAUCUCCUAUCCCACCACAUCCGGCCUCAGUCAAUCUCCCGCACACUCGUUUGGCUGCGCUCUCUCCCACUAUCGCCAUCUCGGGCCCCUUCACCUCCAGUUCAAUCCGUUUCCGUGCCAUCCGCUCUCCCUUUGUGCGCCUAAACAAUGGCUACAGCUGAGACAGCAGAGCAACCUUGUGAUCGUCCAGAUCGUCAAGGCCGCCGCCGUCCCUUCUCGACAUGGAUGAAGAAGCUCGCAAACUUCAAAGGUGGCUCGUCUACAGCCGAACCGAAUUCUAUAUCCUCUACAAAACGAAAUACAUACCAAAUGAAAGCGAGCGCGAAGAAGCAGAACCCCUCCAAGAAUAACAAUCCUUAUCCCGAGUCUGGCCGGCCCGUGAAUGGGAACUCUGUGGCUCCCAACGGACAUCGCUCGUUCUCAACGGUACCUACUGGCACAUCGAUGAGCACCUCAUCCGUAGAGCGCAGACAGUCAGUUCAGUCAUCGGUGGACGGUUUGCCUCCACCAACAAUUGGCAACAAGUCGUUGGCAGCAACCAUAUCAACAGAACAUGACCAUGCACAUUCCGAUGCGGCACCUUCACAUGCUCCUUCGUCUGGAGAGGCAACGAAUGCUACGGUUGGGUGUGGCGUUAGCUCUGGACGAGGCAAUGACAGCACAUUCUCCUCACCCGUGCCCUCCGUACGAUCACUAACUACGACUCUUACCACAAUCCAAUCUGUCGCACCUGCUGUUGCUCCAACGUCUCAGAACGCGCCAACAGUGCAAUUUUCCCACCAAUUCCCUACCUCCCCCUUACCCAAUGCUCUGCCGGCACAUCUCGUCCCCCAGGGAAGUGGUGGACAUCCCGCGACCUACAGUACAGCUACGGCAAACAAUCUCCUGACGGAUAAUGCCUCGAUCCUUACACUGGCGUCCUCCUCGAAGAGACGGAGACGAAGGUCCAUGGACACAGAUGCGUCGGUUCGGGCUCUAGCUCCCUCGUCAUUGUUUGGUGGCAGUCGAGAGAGCUUACCGUUGAGUGUUUUGAGCGCGAAUAUUGAUCCGGCCGCAUCUACACCACAUCAACCACGUCCUAGUGUUGGAGGUUUGAAUGAACGAGCUAGCAUAUACUCAGCUACCGGCGUUGCACCGGCCCUACCUAGUGAACGCAAUAGCUAUUACGCUGGGAAGCAAUCCAUAGCUGCUGAUGGAGGCAGUGUCAAGAGUGGGCUACUCGGACAUGGCAGGAAUGACAGCAUCAGUGGUAGCAUUGGUGGAGUUGCCGCACCUGGCAGCCCUCUGGCAAGUCCUCGAGAAGCCGUUAGCAACUCGGCGGGACGCUUGAGCCGUACUAAUUCAGCAUGGGGAGAAUCCGGCGAAGGAGAGAAGGCUGAUUGUGAACCAGAAACGGAGGAGCUUAAGGAGAGCGAGAAAGCAUAAGUUUAAGGCGCUUAUUGGAAGGAAGUUCUUUUCAAACGCCUUUAUUUCUGUCUCUUCUUUUCGUAGGGACAGGCUAGGCGUUGAAAGUUUGACCAAGGGGAACUGCAUGGAUAGGUUUUUACAAGUGGAGUCGUCGCAGGAUGGAUGAUCGGUCGAGGCAUGCCAAAGAUACCAGAUACCAAAAUACUUUAAUAAUGCAUUGCAUUUGACCUAUCUCCGGCUUAUGUUGGGAUGUUCCUGGGUGUACUUGGGUUUUGAGAUUUGAAGGAAGCAACGUAGUCGCUUACUCGCAGCCUGCGCCUCCUGAAC